UGUCCCUGCCUUAUCCACUUUCCCUCUGCAAAAAUCUGUGAUUGCUGCUAUAAAAUCUCUAUCUUUUCAUGCUCAAAAAACCAAACAAAUAGCCACACAACAGACUGAGAUGGCGUCCAUUGUUCAAAUGCAAGCGCUGUUCUCUACGAAUUCAAUCAAGAAACCGGCUCCAUCUCUCUGCAGCGCCACCACAUUCUUGGGUUCAAAGUUUUCACAGCGGCAGAAAACUAAUGACAGAAAGCAGCUGACGGUGGUUGCCGCCGCUGGAGAUGUUUCAGCCGACGGAACCACCUAUCUACUCGUGGGCGCAUGCACAGUGGCCUUGCUUGGAACUGCUUUUCCAGCCCUGUUCUCUCGCAAAGACCUGUGCCCAGAAUGUGAUGGAGCAGGAUUUGUGAGGAAAUCAGGGUCGACCUUGAGGGCAAAUGCGGCAAGGAAAGAUGAGCUUCAAAUCGUAUGUGCCCGGUGCAACGGUCUUGGCAAGCUCAACCAAAUUGACAAAUAGACAUGAAAUUUGUGUAUAUGUUUGUGUACUUGUAAAGAUUCAGUAAUUAAGCAUAUAUCAUCAUAUGUGGACAAAGUUUACUCUCAAGUUUGUCCUAAACUUCUGAAAUGCGACUUAAUUUUCUUUGUUGCUUU